AUGGCUGAGAGUGCUUCUAAUCUAAACAAACACCUUAGCUGUUCCAUCUUUCACAGAGACUCAGCUGUUCCGAAUUCCUCAGAUUCUGUGACUCUCAGCUGCAAGCACACCUUCUGCAGGGACUGCCUCGAGAACAGCCAAAAUGAGCUCCAUGACUGCCCAAUAUGCAGAUCCAGUCUGUUCAGAGACACGAACUUCGACACCAACCCCAAGGCACAGGAGGUUAACAGCAUAGAGGGAGAAGAGGGAAGGAAACCCGCAUUGGAAAGAAGGAAAAAGCCUAUUGCAUCCAAACGAGCAGCUUGCCCUGAACACAGAGAGAUUCUGAAGCUGUAUUGCGAGACAGACAGACAGCUGAUCUGCGUGAUCUGCCGGGAUGGGAAAGACCACAAGGGACACGAGUUCAAACCCUUGAAAGAGGCCCAGGACGAGAUCAAAAUGAAAAUAGUCACGACGCUGUUCGAUUUGCAAGAGGACGUCAGUGCAGUCAAGAAGUUCCAGGAGGGUGAGCAGGACAUUGCUUCAAGAACAAAGGUUAGAAACGACAGCCUCAAGAUUGAGAUCUGCAGGCAAUUUGAAGAGUUGCAACAACAGUUGAAAUUAAAAGAGCAACAAGCCCUUAAAGAACUGGAGGAGCUGAAUAUAGACUGUGAGAGACAAUUGGAGAUCAUAGACAAUGUGAUCAAAGAGGGAAGAGAGAGGAAGGCCAUUCUAGAAGCUGGCCUCAACAUGGAUCAACCCUUGGACUUCUUACGCUGGUGGAUAGAGACAGGCAUCCAUGAGGUGAAGGCUGUGUUGGCAGAGAACCACUACGCUGCUUUGAAUGAGGUGCAAAGCGGUUCUCUGAUUAACAAGUGUCCUUUGCCAAGUCCAAAGAAGCCCUGGACCCAGGAUCCUGCCUCAAAGUCCCCUGACCAAGAAUGCAAUGAGCUAGAGAAUCUCCUGGAAUACCUUGAUCUAAAGGGUCUUGGGAUAAGUCUAUCCAGGGCUGUCAAUCCUCCCUUAACAAUGAGUCGACAAAGUCAUGAGUUUCGGUCAACAUUUGAACCAACCUCUCCAACCCUCUGGUCCACUAUCCCCAGCUCCACCUCUAUGACAUCUCUGUCGUCAUCUCAGAAAAAAAACAUUUUUUCAUUCUUCAAGAAAAAUAAGAAAAACAAGUCCAAUAGUCAAUUCUAUUCAGAAGAUUGUUGAAGAGGCGACUUAUCGAGGCAUUACAACGGUUUAGCAGCUACCAGCAGAAGAUAUUGUCAAGUGAUGAAUGUGUGGAAUACAGCUUACGUGUUAAUUAUUGUUGCUUGCUUUCCUACAGGUAAACUCUUGCACUUUGGAGGUUCAUGAUUUAUUUGUAACUUUAACUACUUGCUCUUUUGUUUUGUUCCAAUUGGCACUUGGUUGCUUAUCACAGUGUAUGCUCAUGUUUUGGCUUCCUGCAAUGUUUUUUGUGGCUAUCUCGUUCAUGAUCAUGGACCUAUGCACUUUUUGUAAAGCUCAUUCUUGGAAGUUGCUUUGGAUAAAAGCGUCUGCUAAAUGAAUACAUGUAAAUGUACAUGACUCCUUGUUAUUCAUUAAUGAGGACUACAUAGGGAAUGUGCUGUUCAUUCAAAAAAAAAAUAUAUAUGUUGGAAUAUGUCAAAUGUAUUUUAGAACAAAUCAUUC